GGGAUGCAAGGCGCACACCUUACCUCUCUCUCUCUCUCCCUCUCUCUCCCUCUGCACACACAUCUCCACAGCAGCACCAUCACUACACCACCCACUCUGACCCGGCAUCACACAGCUCGGCGGCCCCUGGACUGCAGUUAGGAUGCGGAUCUGGUCAUGGGAACAAUGUGGGGAGACCAGCCUGGUGCUACUGGGGUUCCUCAUCCUGGCUUUGUCUGUAGGGAACCUCUCAACCAUGGGACAGGAGGAAGAGGCAGCCUCCAACAGUCUGGAGGAUGACCUGGAGUCCACCACAUACUGGUGGGGGGAGUGGGCCAAGUGGACUGCCUGCACCCGCACCUGUGGAGGGGGGGUCAUGUCCCAGGAGAGGCACUGUCUCAAACAGAGAAAGAAAGCAGCCGCUGGUAGAGACAACAUGACCUGCACUGGCACUUCGAAAAAAUACCUCCUCUGUAAUAACAAGGACUGCCCUUCCUCUGGGAGAAGCUUCAGGGAAGAGCAGUGCUGGUCGUUCAACUCACAGGUCUACAAUGGCAGGAACUACCACUGGAAACCCCUGUAUCCAGAUGACUAUGUCCAUAUCUCCAGUAACCCAUGUGACCUGCACUGCACCACGGCCGACGGCCAGAGACAGCUGAUGGUUCCUGCUCGGGACGGAACAUCCUGCAAGUACAGCAACUACAGAGGGGUCUGUGUGGACGGCAGAUGUGAGCCAAUCGGGUGUGAUGGAGUGCUCUUCUCACUCAAUACGCUGGAUAAGUGUGGAGUGUGUCAGGGGGAUGGCAGCAGCUGCAGCAGGGUCAAUGGAAACCUCCGCCGCGGGGCCACCAGUUUGGGUUACUCCUUUAUCACAACAAUCCCUGAGGGCUCCUGGGACAUCCAGAUCAUUGAGAGGAAGAAGUCAGCUGAUGUUUUGGCUGUGACCGAUCAGGCAGGGAACUUCUUCUUCAAUGGAAACUACAAGGUGGACAGCCCCCAGAACUUCCAUGCGGCGGGUACCGUCUUCAAGUACCGGCGGCCCAUGGAUGUGUAUGAGACGGGGAUCGAGUACAUUGUAGCCAAAGGGCCCAUCAACCAGGCCAUCAAUGUUCUGGUGUGGAACCAGAAUGGUCUUAUCCCUUACAUCACAUACGAGUACACCAUCCUGCGGGAGUCCCUGUCCCCAGUCCCUCAACCCCCUGUCUACACCGGCCCCGACAGCACCGCCCCUGGGGUUUCCGUGGAGAUGGGCAGUAUGGGGGCCCCCAACGGGAGCACGUAUGACAAGGCGGCCCCUGAGACUCAGCAGAACCGGGUGUUGAAGAAGGGGGCCGAGAUGGCAGGGGCCGAGGGCCAGAAGGGCCAGGAGACCAACGAGGUGUAUGAGGAGACAGCAGCCAUCGACUGUGACCAGGACAGCCCAACCCCACCACAAUACACAGACGGCAACAGCAGUCACACAGGCGGUGUAGCAGUCCCUGCCCCGGCAGCCAGCAGGCCUUUAGAGGAGGUGCCAGACACAGAGAAUCUCAUCUGGAGAGUCUUGCUGGGCGAGCAGAUUGGUCCGGACGAGGGAGAGGGAUUGUUCUCGUCGGAGGUGGGGCCAUUGGAGGUAGACUAUAGCAGCGUGAAGUUCCCCCUCAAAAGCUCACUGGGGGAGUUCAGUCUGGGCCGGCGGAGAAAUGAUAGUGGAGACCUGCCGUUCCCCAACAGGACUCUGCUGAUGGGGGUGAGGAGCAACAACAGUACCAACAGAACCAGGACUAAUCAGAGGUUCCUGCAGAAGAACUUCAAGCUGAGCCCUGCAGACAUGUACCGCUGGAAACUGUCUUCUCAGGAACCCUGCACCUCCACCUGCUCUAUAGGAGUGUCAAAGUCCUUUGCCAUGUGUGUGCGCUACGACGGCGCUGAGGUAGAUGACAUGCACUGUGACACUAUGACUCGACCUGAGCCUGUUCAUGACUUCUGCAUUGGGAGGGAGUGCCAGCCCAGGUGGGAGGCCAGCAACUGGAGUGAGUGUUCUUGUACCUGUGGCGAGGGCUUCCAGUUCCGUCUGGUGCGCUGCUGGAAGAUGCUGUCCCCCGGGCUGGACAGCUCUGUGUACAGUGACCUCUGCACCCUGGCAGAGCUGGAGAGGCCCCUGGAGCGCCGUGCCUGUAAGAGCCCCACCUGUGGCCCCCAAUGGGAGGUGGCAGAGUGGACUGAGUGUCUAGCCAAGUGUGGCCACAGGGCCCAGGUGACCCGGGAGGUCAGGUGUUCAGACGAAACCAAGUCAUGUGAUCCCCCGACCAGCCCCCCUAACACCAAGAACUGCACAGGCCCGCCCUGCGAGCGCCAGUGGACUGUGUCAGAGUGGGGGCCGUGCUCGGGGUCGUGCGGCCAGGGGAAGAUGGUACGCCACGUGUACUGUAAGACACCAGAGGGUCGUGUGGUGCCUGAAUCCCAGUGCUCUCCGGAGAAUAAGCCCCUGGCCAUCCAUCCCUGUGGGGAGAAGGACUGUGCCCCACACUGGCUCACUCAGGACUGGGAGAGGUGUAACACGACAUGUGGCCGUGGUGUGAAGUGGAGGAUCGUGCAAUGCGCCGGCAUCACUUCUGGGAAGUUCCAGACCCACAACAACGAGGACUGUGGUGCCAGUGAGAGGCCAGAGGACGAGAACACCUGCUUUGAGAGGCCCUGUUUCAAGUGGUACACCACGCCCUGGUCUGAGUGCACUAAGACGUGUGGUGUGGGUGUCAGGAUGAGAGAUGUAAAGUGCUACCAGGCUAGGGAGAUCGUGAGAGGGUGUGACCCCCUGACCAAGCCUGUGGCCAAGCAGACCUGCGCCCUGCAACCUUGUCCCACUGAACCCCCAGAUGAGCGCUGUCAGGACCGGCCCACCACCAACUGCUCUCUAGCUCUGAAGGUGAACCUGUGCAGCCACUGGUACUACAGCAAGGCCUGCUGCCAUUCCUGCAGGGCCCAGCACGCCUCUUAGUAUUGCCUGACACCCACAAAACCUUUCCCCCCAGUAGGCUACUCUACUAUACCACAGUAGGCUACGGUAUAUCCAAAGGGCCUGAUCUAAAUAAGGAAGGAACAGUAGAAUAUGAUGAAGGCUUCAGUCUGAACCACAACCACAUACCUUUCUUUCAGAGGUUGUCAAUUGGGCACAUGCAAAGACUGAAACCCUGAAGUAUUAAGAGUCAAGGGGGGAAGACAAGAGAGCGAAGAGGGAACUGGUUCAUCUAUUUGUGUCUUUUGAAGAGAGAAUCCUACCCCAGAAAUCACUGAAACCAGCAGUCAUUACUCCAAAUAUGAACAACCUAUUAAGACAAUGGGCCACACUGAUGUGGAAAGAUACAUGAAAUUAUUUCCUGGUUGACUAUACUGCAUGUCUAGACUGUAUUUAUGAUAAAUAUUGAUUAUGAAUAUUAUUUCAUUAUAUUGUUCAUUAGUGUCAGGCACAGGGAAGGUGGCCUUACUGAGUGUUAUACUUGGCUAUGCUAUGAGAAAUAAUACAAUAUGUCAAAGAAAAGCUUUGAAAAAUGUCUCAAGACUCAUUGCUGCUUCAUCUCUUGUAACUGCCCCAUUUUAUUCUGCCCAUUCUAUUGUUAUUAUGUCCAUACCGCUAUUUCUAUAUUAUUGGGUAUUUUUGCAGGACAUACCAUUUAUUUAUUGCUCAUCACACAUGAUUUUAUCAAUCAUGGCAUAACAUUCUUGAAGUUACUAAAUGCUAGUUAGCUAAGUGUGAAUGAGAGAGUGAAUUUAGAGAGUAAUGACAUACAGUAUGACCAUACAGUUAUCCCAUUUAUGGACUGAAAGAUUUAUGACACUUGAAAAGGUUGAAAUACAUUCAAGAGCGUGUGUCUCAUUUUGUGAUAAUAUCUAUAUCUAGUUUACUGUUUUUGUAUAACUGAUACCUCUUUGUACAAAAAAGUUAUCAUUGACAUUUUGUACUGUUAUUAACUGAAAUGCUCAAUGUAUGUCCCUGUAUUUCCAUGAAAAAGUGUCAAUUAAAGCUGUUUCUUUGUUUGCUAUG